GCCAUGCUGGUGUCCAUGAACUGGUAUUUAAGGUGCCUUUCCAGCAGCUGAGAAAAGCAUUGAGUCUGAGUCCUCAGCAGUCUUGUAGCUGGAUCGCCUAGGAAGAGAAGUUCUAAAGCAGUCAGAAGAGAGCAAUUCCAUUUAUUUGCUGCUGGAAAUGGGGAAUGGAUUGUCAGACCAGACUUCUAUCCUUUCUAGCCUGCCUUCAUUUCAGUGCUUCCACAUUGUAAUUCUGGGUUUGGACUGUGCUGGAAAGACAACUGUCUUAUACAGGCUGCAGUUCAAUGAAUUUGUAAAUACUGUACCUACUAAAGGAUUUAACACUGAGAAAAUUAAGGUAACCUUGGGAAAUUCUAAAACAGUCACUCUUCAUUUCUGGGAUGUCGGUGGUCAGGAGAAAUUAAGGCCACUGUGGAAGUCAUAUACCAGAUGCACAGAUGGAAUUGUGUCUGUUGUGGACUCUGUUGAUGUUGAAAGGAUGGAAGAAGCCAAAACCGAACUUCAUAAAAUAACAAGGGUAUCAGAAAAUCAAGGAGUCCCUGUACUUAUAGUUGCUAACAAACAAGACCUGAGGAACUCAUGGUCUCUCUCAGAAAUUGAGAAAUUGUUAGCAAUGAGUGACCUGAGCUCAUCAACGCCAUGGCAUUUGUGGCCUACCUGUGCAAUCAUAGGAGAUGGACUAAAGGAAGGACUUGGGAAACUACAUGAUAUGAUAAUUAAAAGAAGAAAAAUGUUGCGGCUACAGAAAAAGAAAAGAUGAAUAGUACCUUUUAUAUCUGUGUGGAGUAGGUUAUCUCUGGUCUGAUUUUGACAAAUGGAAGAGUGUCUACAGCCUGGUUUGCCUGUCUGCCCUCCUGGAUGCUAUUAAAGCUUUGUUUUACUGAACAAUCACAUGCCCAACUUUGUUGCCUUGUGGAAGAUGAGUAAAUGCAGUGCUUCUUAAAGUGGUCUCUUCUCUAACCCACAGUCUUUCGGUACUACUGUUUUUGGGAAGCCAAGCAAAGAUAAUUAAUUGAUCAGAAAACAGCUAUGGAAAUUUGACCUGAAGUUAGUGAAAUAAAACUUUGAAGAGUGGAAAAAAAAAUAAAUGAUUACAUUCUGUGUCCACUAUGUAUGUUAUCACAUAGGGA